ACAACCAGCCGAAUAUAUUGAAGAUGUCAUAACGCGACAUGCAUCAAUUAUCAUAAGACCAUCUCUGUCUCUGACAGCGGACUUGAAGAAAGGAUUCCGAGCAUUAAUAGACACGUAGGGUUGCUUACAAGCCUCGUACGUGUUCUAUAGGAUAUACCGGAAUCUUAUGACCUUAUACAGAGAGAUUGAUUUGCUGAUAAUAAGCAAGAUCCUCUUCAGUCAACCUCUGUUCUUUAAACGCAUUAGUGGUUAUCCGUUUACUAGAGGCCUAUCCCCAUCAGAUAUAUCACAGCGUGGCGCUACCGCCAGGGUCUUCAAAACGGCUGUUGCUGGCAAUGGGAUUUAUCCGUCUUGCUUCAAGACUAAGAAUCAAGAAUUGAAAUAAGCUCUCGAGAAUAUUUAGCGCAACGGAUGGCUCUAUGCAGAGGAAUCAAACGAUGAUGUCACUGUAUAUUUGCGAACCAAAAUCAUUAUUUAUAUUGCCGCUUUAUUUUCCUAGAUAGCUCUUGACGGCGAAAUGAAUUGAUGGCUUUCUGCCAGUCGACCAAAAAGGAGAACUCCUUGUUGGUCUGCCUGGAUCUCUAGCAUCAAUUAUAGCACGCCGCUCCAAUCGGCAAUUGAUGCUAUUAUGCAAGUCUAACUCCGUUAGCUAGUUAUCAGAUGCCCGACGUUUACUGGUAGCCAAUAAGUCGCCGCUUCUGGAGGAUCAAUACUAGAAAGAGUUCUACCGCUGCCUAUUAUUCCCUAUACUAGAUGGCUAUGUUGUAACUAGUUAGUUAAUGUCCCCUGAGUUUGUAAUGAUCAGUGUCGGGCG